AUGACAUUCGUUGAAGCCUGCUGCAACACCCCACCCACCAACACCGAGUGGGUCAACAAGGGCGUCGACAAGGUCCUCCCAACAAAAGUCAACGGCGAGGAUAGACUGACCUACCGCACCGGACCCAAGGACUCCAAGCGUGGCAUCAUCGGCGUCUAUGAUAUCUUUGGAUUCCACCCCACCACAUACCAAUUCUUCGACAGAUUGGCGUUGGCAAACGGAGGAUUCCAAGUCUCAGUCCCCCAUAUGUUCAAAGAAGCCUCCCCCGCCGCACAACUUAUGGGCAACCUCCCCGCACUCAUGGAAUGGGUCGGCAAACACGGCAGCUACAAAGAGUCACACCUCGACGCCCUCAUCCGAGCAGCCAUCGAGGAUCUCCGUGCGGACGGAUGUACCAGUUUCUCGAUCAUUGGGCAGUGUUGGGGAACUUGGAUUGCAAUCCAGGCUGCGUCGGAGGAGGAUUCGGUGUUUUUGGCGGUGGGUGGACCUCAUCCUAGCAGGACUACGAUUGAGGCUGUUAAGGAUGUGAAGUGUCCGUUGGUUCUUGUUGCCACGAAGGAUGAAGCCGAUAUGAUCCCAGUGGUGGAAUCGGUGAAGCAUAAGAAAUUUGCGGUCGAGUCGUUCCACAAGCGGUUCGAGAACAUGCACCAUGGCUUCUGUGGUGGCCGUGGCGACUGGACCGACCCGGAGCAGUUCAAGGCUGGCCUUGAGACGAUUGACAUCUUUGCGGAUUACUUUGCCAAGGUUGUUGAGGUCUCUGAGCAGCAGAACAAAUAG